CGCCGUCACAGCAAGGGGGGUCCCCAGCUCUGUUGGGGAGGGGGUGGGAGGUGCGGGGGGGGUCCACCGGUCCUGUCACCGUCACGGCGAUGGCACAGGGGUCCCCAGGGCCCGUGUCACCGUCAGUGUGGGAGGGAUGAGGGAGGUACGGGGGGGGUCCUCUGGUCCCGGUCACCGUCACGGUGAUGGCACGGGGGUCCCCAGGUGCCCCCCCAGCCCUGUCACCGGCAGAGAGGCAGGCAGGCUCCUCCGCAGGGCGCCCUCCAGGCGCUGCAGCUGCCCGGGGCACGUCAGGAUCCGCAUGGCUCCGCACCGGGGCAGGCUGCGCCGCCGCCGCUCAGUCCCCGCGGCACCGGGGGGGCACGGGAGGGCACGGGGGGGGCGCCGCCACGUGUCCCGGGCACGCGGGGACGGGCCCUGCCCACCGCCCGCCCCGGGCACGGGGCACUCGCCCGGCCGUGACGGCCGCCCCGGGACCUGCCGGUGUCACCGCCUGCCCGCAGCCCCCGGGGCCAUGCUGAUCCUGCGGUGCCCGGCCCGGCUACAGCGCCUGGAGGACGCCCUGCGGAGGAGCCUGCCCCGCGCCCUGCCGGUGUACGGCGCCGUGCUGAACAUCAACCGCGGCAACCCGGGGGACUUCGAGGUCGCAGUAGAUGCUUGGCCUGACUUUGGCGCCGUGCUGGCGCGGCGCAGCGGAGAGGCACCAGUGGACGACUGCUACUGGAACCUGCAGGCGGCCUUCUACCGGGACGUGGGCGCCUACCGGGCCCUGCUGGAGACUCCGGGCUGCCUGCGCUGGGAUGCUGCCUUCCACAUCUUCGGGCUGCAGGAUGGGGUGGCCACAGUGUCCCAGGACAUUGCAGCAGCCAAGGGCGUAGAGCUGGAGGUGUCUGAGUACUACACAUACCUGCACCCUGACCCCAGCACCCUACCCGAGCCACAGCUGGACCCCGACGUGCGGGUGGGCACGCUGAGCCCGGCCCACGCGGAGCUGCUGGACGCGACGUGGGCGUAUGGGGGGAAUGCGCGGAGCCGCCGGUACCUGGGGGAGCUGCUGGAGCGCUUCCCCAGCCUGUGCCUGCUGGACCGGGCCGGCGAGCCGCUCUGCUGGACGCUGACCGACGGCUUCGCGGCGGGGGCGCACGGCUUCACCCUGCCCUCCCAGCGCCGCCGCGGCCUCAUGCGGGCGCUGACCGUCCUGGCCGCCCGCCGGGCGCUGGCCCGAGGCUUCCCCGCCUACGGGCACACGGCCACGGGCAACGGCGCCAUGCAGCGGCUGCAGGAGGCGCUGGGGCACCGCCGCCUGCCCGGGCUGUGCCGCUUCGUCCUGCACAACCCCGCCCUGGCGCGGGCCGCGCCCUGACCCCCCCGCCCCGGUCCGUCCGUCCCCCCCCCCCCCCCGAGGAAAAAACACACGCAGGAAAAAUAAAAACAGAAAUAAAGCCGCAACGCCCCAACACCCGCGGGGCCGGGGCCGGCCCUCCGGGGACCGUGUCGGCGCCGGGGGGGGCACAAACAGGCGCCCUUCCGGGGGGGGCGGGAGAGGCAGAGCGGCGGGGAACGCGCGGGGCCAUGGAGCGCACCGGGCUCAUCACCGACUCCUUCCCACGGCGGCACCGGCGGCCGGGGCGCGCCGAGAGCAAAGACGGCUCCGCGGCGCGGCGGGGGGAGCGCGGCAAGGGGCGGGGGCGGCGGGCGGGGCCCGCUGUCG